AUGGCUAUAUUUGAUUCUGAGAAGCGGCCUAAGGGCCUGCGCAUGCCCACCCUCACAGCCAUGAAGAAUGGCGCGGCCGCCUCCAAGUCGCAGUUUUCCUUACAUCGCACCAAAUCGGAGCCCAAAUCACCAGGGAACGACAUCGGGGCAAUGCCUCUCCCUGCGGCCGUGCCUCUCCCUCCACCGCAACGACAUGCUCCUCCAAGCAAGGAACUGCCCCCACCACCCAAGGACCAAGUCCCUCCACCUCCGAAAAGAUUAUCCAAGGUCCCGCCCCGGCGUAAAUUAAGUCAGAAUGCGCAAGAUGCGCAAAAUGCGCAGAGAUCGCCGCCGGCAGCACCCCCAGCGCUGCCAGCUCUCCCAGUUCAGCCAGUCCAACCCGUUCAACCACCUAGCCAGCCGUCUCCGCAGCCAGCCGUAGCUCCAUCGCCAGUGGGAUUGUCGCCGUCAGUCUCUCCACCGCAAGUAUACUCAGCUGAGGCUCAAGUGUCGGAGCCAAAGCUUGUGAGAGCAGAGGCGCAACUUCCAGCCCCACCAGCUGCGCCGCAACCUGUACGCCCAGGAGUUCCGGCAGUGGUAUCUCAGACAGCACUCUCGUCGCAAGAAUACUUUCCCCUCACGCCCGCCCCUCCUGUGACGCUGUCCCCGGCCCCUCCCAGGGAAAGUGACAACGAAACACCCUUGGAAGACUUCAUUCCCACUCCCGACGGCACCGGAUCCCCAUAUCUACUAGAGCCGGCGUCUAGUAACGAGCAACCGCCAUAUUUCACCCCGCCUGAGAUGGAUCCCGUGGCGCCUGAAUUGAACGUCACCCACUACAAUUGCUUCCAGGAGCAUCGCAAUAUGCCCACUGCUCAGAAUGUGUGGUGCCCUCUACCGUGUAUGACGUGCCAGAAAUUCGACCGUGAGACUCGGCAUCGAUGUGUCUUCUGUUGCUUGCGCAUCUGCGAGAGUUGUUAUCAAGGGUUGCAGAAAUGCCGACACCGGUCCUUGCAAGAGCUUUUGAGCAAGGUUGUCCGGGCCUGA